UUAACCAUUCGUUAUUAACCUACGUAAAAAAUACUGCAAAAACAUGAUUAUUUCAUCCUUACUUAUAAAAAAUAAUAGUAUUCCUUUAGUUAGACAUUAUAUUCGACCAAAGUUUGCAGGAGGUGUCAAAUUUGGACAAAUAACUUAUUAUCCAAGACAUCCAGAUGAAAAAGAUCCUGACUAUGAGCCAACAAAAUUAUUUAGGGUUCAACGGGUCAAACCAGUUAAAGGCACACCGUAUUGGGAAAGACGAAUCUUGAGAGAUUUAGGACUGGUUGAUAAGCAAACGGACAUAGCAAUAGUAAAAAACAUACCAGAAAACAAUGCAAGAUUAUGGACAAUCAAGCAUUUAAUAAAAGUUACGCCUAUUGUAUUUCCCUAUGGAGAACCUACCGAGAAAGAUCUUCAUGCAACAUUUUUAAAAGAAAAUGGAGAAUGUAUAGUUCAUAAAGAUAUUACAAUUACUGAGAAACAAGUUCAGAUUACAGAGAAUUUUAAAAAUGAUCAAAAGAAAUUAGAUUCAGAUACAUUAAAGAAAGAUUCUCGGUUGAAAUGGUUAAAUCCUUGGAACUGA